CGCUGGAGCGCCCGACGGCCUUUCCCACCGUUCUACCCUCUUCCAUCGCAGAUACUAGGGUGUAGCCUUUCUGCCCAGUUACCGCCCCCCUAGCUGUUAACCCUUCACCGGCCAUGGCAUCGCACGGACACAAGAACGGAAACAUCGUGCACAGCCGGAGCGGGCAACCGCUGUCCACCCAAAAGAACACGUCGGAUCAUACUGAACCCGACGCCUCCUUCGAAGUAAUCAGGUCGACACCAACGCCAAAGGAAUCGGAGUGUCGCUUGGAUUUAAGCCAUCGGAAAGGACUGAACACUUCGAAAAGCUACGCUGGAGGAGGAGUGGUCUGCGAAUCGACGCGUCUUCGUUCUAAAGAUGUCUGCGUCGCGUCCGGCGUUAGCCGUGAGCGGGCCGUGCUCGUGCUACUGGCGUUGGGCAACUUCUGCGUCGGCGCCAGCGUCUCACUGCAGGCGCCUUUCUUCCCGCACGAGGCGGAGAGGAAAGGAGCAAACUCCACCGAAUACGGGUUCGUGUUCAGCGUGUUCGAGCUCACCAUAUUUUUCGUGGGUCCAGUCUUCGCCAAAAUUGUACCCAUCGUGAAGCCGAGAUUUAUGUUAAUAGCCGGUCUAUUCUACGUGGGCGUAGCGUCCGUGCUUUUUGGGUUUCUGAACCAGUCUCCACCGGGCGCCACGUUUCUCAGUCUGGCCAUCGCCACCAGAGUCGCCGAGGGCAUCGGCACCGCCGGAUUCCAGACGGCCGUGUUCUCCAUAGUCGCCGCCGAGUUCCCCAAUUCGCUGGCAACGUCUUACUCAAUCCAGCAAACAGUAUUCGGCGUCGGUCUUGUUGCUGGUCCGACGGUCGGUGGUUGUCUCUAUCAGAUUGGAGGCUUCAUGGUUCCGUUCGUGAGCAUAGGCGUUCUUAUGCUCAUAUGCUGCGCGCUUAUCUACUUUCUCCUGCCGGCCACUGAGGAGCCUCACGAGCUGGGCCAGAAGACGGGAGACAUGCUCAAGUUCUGGUGCAACACCAGCGUUCUCCUAGACGCGUACUGCGUAUUCUGCACGUUCGUGAUCAUCGGUUACAACGCAGCCGUCCUUGAGCCUCAUCUCAGACCGUUCAAUUUGGAACCGUACUUGGUUGGCAUGGUGUUCGUGGUCAACGGCACUGUUUACGCCUGCACUGCCUGGAUUUGGGGAAAGGUGGCCGACAAAACGGUACGCACCAAAGAGCUCUGCAUUUUGGCCUGCGUCAUGCUGUGUGCGAGCCUGGUACUGGUCGGACCUGCCCCUUUCCUUCCGUUCCCCACAGCCAUCUGGACCGUGAUGCUGGCCCUUGGUUUGUUCGGCCUUGGCUCAGGUGGCACCAUUGUUGCCUCUUUUGUCGGAUCGUUCCGGGACACUAUAAAACGAGGAUUUCCGGAUGACCUGUCCACGUAUGGCCUGGUGUCUUCUGUAUUCACUGUGUCUCACUCAAUGGGGGCAUUUGUUGGACCCACGCUGGGAGGAUACCUCCUGGACACCAUGGGAUACCGGAUGGGCACCAUGGUCCUUCUGGGAAACGAAGUUUUACUCAUAAUUGCGCUGUGUGCCUACGUUGCAGUCCAUCGACAGCGUUCCCAAGAUCGGGAGCCCCUUCUCAAGGAAGCCACGUGACUUUUAACCGCCAACUGAGCUUUCUUACUAGAUCGAAUACUUGUUGAAGGUUACUUGGCGGACGUGUUUUCCUCGUUUUUAGAAGUUUGUACCCUAUACCGUUUUACAGUAUACAUUAAACGAAUAUAUAA